ACGGACUGGAUGGGGCAGCCCCGGCCCUUUAAGGGGCGGGCACUUGGCCGGGUUCGGGCGUUGUUGGCUGCCUGAGCUGAAGCCGGAGUCGGGAGGAGUCAGAAGAAUCCCGAGCAGACGGGGCCGGGCCGGCCGGGCCAGGGCCUGAGCGCGGGGCCACGGUUCCAGGUCCCAGGUCCAGGUCCCAGGGUGGGCAAGGACCAUGGGGAAGCUCCAGCUCUUUGAGAUCUACCUCAGCAACAGCCGCGUCAUCUACAGUCCCGGGGAGCCGCUGUCCGGGACUGUGAACCUGCGCCUGGGUGCUGCGCUGCCCUACCGAGCCAUCAAGGUGACCUGCAUGGGCUCCUGUGGAGUGUCCAGCAAGGCCAAUGAUACUUCAUGGACAGUGGAAGAAGCAUACUACAACAGCACGUUGUCCCUGGCUGACAAAGGAACCUUGUCUCCUGGAGAACAUGCCUUCCCCUUCCAGUUCCUGUUGCCAACCACAGCACCUACAUCCUUCGAGGGGCCCUUUGGGAAGAUUGUGCAUCAGUUGCGGGCUGUGAUUGACACUCCUCGCUUCUCCAAGGACCACAAGUGCAGCCGUAUCUUCUAUAUCCUCAGUCCCCUGAACCUCAACAGCCUCCCAGACAUUGAGCAACCCAACGAGGCAACGACUACCAAGAAGUUCACUUACAAGUUGGUGAAAAGUGGGAGUGUUACACUUACCGCAAGCACUGACCUCAGGGGCUAUGUUGUGGGUCAGGUGGUCCAGCUUCGUGCAGAUAUUGAGAACCAGUCUGGCAAGGACACAGGGCCUGUGGUGGCCAGCCUUCUCCAGAAAGUCUCCUACAAGGCCAAGCGCUGGAUCUAUGAUCUUCGGACAAUUGCCGAAGUUGAAGGUUCAGGGGUGAAGGCCUGGAAGCAGGCUCAAUGGCGGGAGCAGAUCUUGGUGCCAGCCCUGCCACAGUCGGUGCUGCCUGGCUGUAGCCUCAUCCACAUAGACUACUUCAUCCAGGUCUCAUUGAAGGCACCUGAAGCAACAGUGAGUCUGCCCCUUUUCAUUGGCAACAUUGCAGUGAAUUGCCCUCCAUUGAGUCCUGGCUUGGCCCUAUCUGGGCCCCCACCCGCUGUGGUGCCUACUGCACCACCCGAGGACUUGGACAUGGCAGCCUGUGGGCCUUGUCCUGUGGUCAAUGUCUCCAUCCCUACCAAGAGCCACUCACAGCAGCAGCAACGGUCAACACAGCCCUUCAGCUAUACUCCUGGCCUGAGCUUUCCUGAGAACCAGCCUGAGCCUGGCCCUGAGGAUGGCUCACCUGGCCCCAACCGGCCUCCCCUUUGCUUGUCCACUGGUGCCACUGUUCCCUACUUUGCUGAAGGCCCUGUGGUGCCUAUGUCUACAGCCAGUGACCUGAUCUUGCCACCGGAGUACAGUACAUGGGGCUACCCCUAUGAGGCACCCCCCUCCUAUGAACAGAGUUGCAGCAGUGCCAGCUCAGGCUUGAGCAAUGGGAACUAACCUGUGGACUCUUCAGCCCACCUAGUGGGCCUCCUGUGGGCCUCAUAGCAGGCCAAGCAUCCAGUGCUGUGAAGAGGAGCUGCUAUCUCACCCUUUGGCAUUGAGGGAAGGAGGAGACCCAUGAUGCAUCCUGGGCCAUCUGACCUCUGACUUUGUAUCUCCUUGGAGAGUCCCCCCAUGCCUUAAACCCUGGCUUCUCUGCCUGUCAGGUUGGGCUGUGUUUUGUAGCCCUGGGGGAGAGGUCUUGGGGCUCCAGUCAUACUGUGUAUGCCCAUUUCCCACACAGGCUAGAAGGCCCUGGAAGGGCUGGCAUCCAAUCUGGCUCUAAUUCAGGGAAGACUGAUUUGUCCAUGGGCAAGGUCUUCCCUUAUUCCCAGGACCCAAUCACUCUGGGGAACUUUCACUGGCUCCUCCCUCUUGUGCCUUUUCUCCUUCUGGGCUCAUGCUGGGUGAGCAUUGUUUCUCUUUGCUGUAGCCCUGGCUUCCUUGAAUAGCAUGAAGAGCUCUCCUGCCAUUCUUCUAUGGCCAGGGUCCAUUCCCUAUACAGCCAGAGCUAGGGCAGGAGACCCCAGUGGCUGGUUCUAACUUCCUGUCCCCGGGUGGGACUAUGGGCAGAAUGGAGAUAGCUGGGCUGGAUCUCCACUGCUCUCCCUGACUUCUACCUGGAGUGUAACCUGUAACCUCCCUCCCCUCUACUAAUAUACACCCUGGUGCUCAUCAUUUUCUCUCUUCUGGACUUAGGUUUCCCUUGGGCAGCCUGUCCUAGGGCAUGUUGCCGAAUGGAUGGUUCUGCAUCCAUCUUGAUCUGUUUCCUAGUAGUGUCUAUGCCUCUUGGAUGUCUGGGAGAGUGAGCAGCACUUUGGUGACCUAUCUGUUCCCUGCUUCCCCUUCCCAAGUUACCCAGGAACCCCCCUAGCCUUGUCUUCUGUCAGGGUCAGGGUUGGUGAGUCUUGGUGCCAGUCUGGCCAAUGACUCUUUUGAAAGCAUAUGUGCUAUAUGGAGAGAGGUUGCUUGAAAUGGCUCACAGGGCAGACCUGGUCUUAAGCUGAGGGAGGCUUGAGAGGAGCCAUAGGGAGUCCUGUCACUUCCUGUUUUUCUAUGGCUCUUUUAUACAGUCCUGUUCAGGUAUUUAUUGAUAAACAUGCCUGCCCUCUUCCCCUCCCCUCCACUUCCUCUCAGCUUCAGAGGCAUGAAGAAUCUA